CAACUAGAGCAAAUACAAACACUUUGCAAAACCAUUGCUGUGAUUUGUAUUCAUAAUAAAAGAAUUUUGAAUUGCCAUUGUCAGAGAGAAGUACAAUUUUGAUUGAAAAAAGAGUUUGUAAUGAGUGUGUUUGGUUGUAAUAUAGAGUUAAUAUCCGAUAAAAGAUCUUAAUAAAAGCGGGCUUCUGACUUGAUAGCAGGACGAUAAAAUUUGAAAACGGUGCCAAGCAGCACUGCAACCCCACCAACGCGUCGCAGUUAACGUCGCAGUAGCGUUGCCAUCAUUGUACCUAUCAUAUUUUGUUCGUUUCAAUCCAUCCGCGGUUCAGAGGAGCAGAGCAAGACUUUUAAAUGCGCCCAGAAUCCUUCCGGAUAUAAAACGGGACAGAUAUAAGCACACGCUUAUAUUUCAUUUCAGUGGAAAAUCUACAUCAACUUUUACUAUUGCAAAUCAAGACACUAGGAAGAGUAGAAAAUGAACAUUAGUGGCGGAGAUACUAGUGGUACAAAACUAGUAAGUCACAGGACCAGUAAUAUUGUAUCAUCAACUUUAAACAACAAUAGCCCUUUAACUUAUAUGCCCCAAGUGGCAUUCAUUACACCAGCAGUUGAACCCACACCGUUUCCUCCGAAUUCUUGUAAUAAAAAUACAAAGCAGCCGUGUUCAUCUUCUGCUCCAUCUGUGAUGAGCGUAAUUAGUUGUGCCAGCAACAUUAUGAAUAACGAACACAAUAACGCAGGUUUCGUAAUGUCAAAAAAUAUUCAUAAUAACUCUACUUUAUCGGCAUCAGCAGCCACUUUGACUAUUAACGCUCGUGGAGAUCCAAAUUCACACACGCCAAACAGUAUAGGAGUCCAAGCAAGUGGAACAAAUAUCAAAAUAGAAGGAGAAGCUUUGCAAAUGCUUCAAAAUUCCGUAAUUCCAGCUUCUAUACUAGUACGUAACCACCAACAAUACAGUGCACAUGGGAAUUCCAAAAGCACAGUUGACACAGCAACCCGUGGUGGUGUUGGGAAUAGGUCAACGUCUUUAACAACAUUGAAUCAAGAACUUGUCAAACAAAUAGUUGUUGGUAACCCACAAAAACAUGGUGUCCUACCACAAUUGACCGGAACAAAUACAAACAAUUCUCUUAAUUCAACUGAAACUCUUCUUAAACCAACAUCAACCAUUACCAAUCUUGGAGGAAUCAAGCAACAAAACUCUUCCAAUAAAUCUACAACAAAUCUGACUCAAACAUCAGUAUCUUGUGCGGCAUCAACAACUCUACUAAGCUCAAUAGGUACAUCUCCAGCAAUAAAAAAGCAAUCUCAACAACUCAAUGCGUUACAAAAUCCAUCAAGUUUGUUACAAACACCUACUAAUGCGAAACUUCCUUUAUCAGAAGCUGCUAAAAUAGCAGCCGGUGGCUCAAGUAAAAAACGUAAAGAGUUGAGAACUGAUGAGUGUUCUACAGAUUUUACAUUUAACUCUCAACAAAGUAUACCUCCAAAAACACCUACUUCAACGCUGGAUACAGCAAUUCAAACUAAAGUGCCCAUUAUGAAAACUACGUCGGUUACAAAUUCGUCAGUAAAUAAUAGCGGCUCGUUUAAGGUAGAAAUCGAUUUGACUAAACCUGUUUUGGUACAACCAAAACUUGUUGAAAAGCAGGAAUCACUUCUUAAAGUACGCCCUGUUCAACGUGUUACUGAAAGUAGCACUAGCCCGCGUUCAAAACGUUCUAAAUCACUGAGCUGCGCUUUCAAGGAGGUACACCUAACGAAUGCCCCAGUCAUUUUGAAACCGUCACUAACAUUUUUACUAUCAUCCCAGCAUACAUUGUCAGAACGUCGUCAUUCAACCACAUCUGAAGGUAAAAAUCUAAAACACAAAACUAGUCCUCCGCGUCGUAAACAGACAUUGAAUUCCAAAUGUAAUGUUAUUGGAAACGAAUAUGAGAUCAUUGAUCUGAUUGACUACAAUGAGGAGGAACACGAAUUCAACGCUGAUAAAGAACAAACAACAAAUGCGGAAAAAGAAAAUAAUGUCAUAGGAUCACCAAUGGAUGAAGACAUAAUAGAAAACCAGCAAGAUUCGACAAGCAACAUGAAACCACCGCCACCAUUCAAUGUAACUGAUAGAAAUUCAUUAUAUAAUACCCCAAAAGAAGUCACUAAAGACGUUCAUAAUAUAGAGGAAUUACCAAAAUUAUCAUCUACUAAAAAAAAUUCAGAGAAGUAUACAUCUAUCGAAGACGAUCAUAUUGAAGAGCCGUCAAUAAAAUUUGAAAUUAUGAUGAAAGAUGUUGAAUAUCAAACGAGACCACAACAAACUGUUCAAUCUGAGAAGACCGAAAUUUCAAUCCCAGACACAAAAGUCGAAGAUACACAUGCUUCUAUAGAGCACAAUCAAGAUUCGUUAGAAAAAUCACUAUAUUGUGAUGAAAAAAUCUCAGUUAGCUCUACAUCUUCAGCAUCUACCUCAUCCAGUCGUCAAAGUUUGCAUGACGAUUUACAAAUGUCGACAUCUUCCAACAUUACUCAAAACAUGCCAAUCAAACCCAACCAACCCAGCACUUCAGCAGCUUUUGUUAAUACAUUAGCAGCGCUACCUCCCGUUAAAGCCAUUACAAACGCUACAGAAGACUCAUUAUCGUGUGCUUUAAAAAUGUUAUCCAACUUCAAUAUGCUAACCUGGAAUCAACGCGUCGGUAAUGCACGUGGCACCAAUAUGCGCUUCCAAUUGAACGAAUUCAAUCUUAUUGAAAUAAAUGAACGUUGCUCGCCACGAACACGUAUUUACACAGCUUAUGAGAAACCCAUAUAUGAGCGAGAAUCAGUGCCAUAUUUAAGUGAAAGUGACAAAGGCUUAUUGUAUUUGUGUAGGCGCUGUAAUUGCCAUGGACCAGCUCUGGAUUUUUUGGCACCAGAAUUUUGUUCUUUGGAUUGCUUGAAGCGAGAAUCCCGAAAGCGUCGACAUGAAGAAUAUACCACCUUUUCACGCAAGAGGAAAACUCAAGAAUCGUACGUUCCAGCUCCAAGCAAGAAAUCUUUCCGUUGGUCAACAUAUCUCCCAGAAAAGUUCAAUGCCAUUGCAGCACCUGUAAAUCUAUUCAUUAAUCCAUUUCCAACAGGGCCCAAUCGUUUUCAGAUUGGCAUGAAGUUGGAAGCUAUUGACCCAGAAAAUUGCUCACUAUUUUGUGUUUGUACGAUUGUUGAUAUACAAGGGUAUCGCUUGAAGUUAACAUUUGAUGGUUAUGAAUAUAUGUACGACUUCUGGGUGAAUGCCGAUUCGAUGGAUAUUUUUCCACCAGGCUGGUGUGCGAAAACUAAACGUAUUUUGCAGCCUCCAAAGGGAAAAACUAUUGAUCAAUUUAACUGGCUGUCAUAUUUAACUGAAUGUAAAUCUAUAGCAGCCCAACGUGCGCUAUUUACACAUUUGAAUGCAUCUUUGGGCACACAUAAUCCAUUUAAGAUUGGAAUGCAUUUGGAAGCCGAAGAUCUCAAUGACACCGGCAAACUAUGUGUUGCUUCAGUUUCGGAUGUAUUGGACAAUCGCAUACGUGUACAUUUUGAUGGUUGGGAUGAUUGUUACGACUACUGGGUGGAAAUUAGUUCACCGUACAUUCAUCCUUGUGGCUGGCAUGUAGGACGGCACCAAUUAAUCGUACCCCCUGAAUUUGAAAAUACUACAUUCUCUUGGACUGAUUAUAUAAAAAAUCAUGGCAGUGGCAUGGCCGCAACAGAAGAGAUGUUUUCCACCCGCGAUCCCAUAGAUUUCAAGCCGAAUAUGAAAUUGGAGGUGGUCGAUCCACGUAAUGCCUCACUAAUACGUCCUGCUACAGUUGUCGGUCGCAAAGGGCAUCGCGUUAAAUUACAUCUCGAUUGCUGGCCAAGUAAUUAUUGCUUUUGGUUGGAAGAUGAUAGUGCAGAUUUGCAUCCGAUUGGUUGGUGUGAAGCUACUAGUCAUGAUCUAGAACCGCCACCUGGUUAUAAAAUGCGCUCAACAAAGGUGGUGUGUUCAACUUUUGGAUGUCGCGGCAUCGGUAAUGCCAAACGACUGUAUUUAAAUACACAUACGACACAAGAUUGUUGCCCUUAUGCAGCGGAGAACUGGAGACAAAAAUGCGAAAAGCCACCGCGUUUGGAACAUGAAGAGAUUGUACGCUCAGAAUCUGUGGGCAAACGUGUUAUGAAACAAAAGCAGCAGCAACCAUUAAAAUGGAAGCAAUCUCAGCCACCCACCCACGCAAAUUUGAACGAAGCCGAUAUAUUGCAACAUAUUCAGCUUUUGGAUAAUAUAAAGACACGUCACAUCAUUCAGCAGGAAAAACCGCAGCAUAAACAAACUACGCCGGAAAGUACAAACAGAAUCGGAAUCGGCUCUAAAAGAGAACAACAACAAACAUUAAUAAAAACUGAACGUAUUGACAAGUCUACUGUAAACGCUGUAAAAGUUUACCAACCAUUGGAAAGCACCUCUGCGGAACAAUCAACAUCUCUACUAAUACCACAAAUAAAAAUUGCUAAAGAGUUUCUCUGUGACUAUGGUCCGCGUCUUCAACAGAACUAUAAUAUCUGGCAGCGCAAUGUCGCUUUCGAUAUGCAACGUAUUAAACGCAACCCUCUGCUUUGGUCAACAAAGGAUACGUGUGCUUUUGUCCAGUGUGUACUACGGAACGCCGACAUAACAGAAAUGUUUUUGCGUGAGGAUAUCGAUGGUAGUGCGCUUUUGCUGCUGCAGCAAUCCGAUCUUACCGAAACUCUCGGUUUGAAAUUAGGACCCGCCGUAAAGUUGUUUUCAUGCAUUCUGCAACUACGUACUCUGGCCGUUCUCAAAUUCAAUGUGAACGCACAAAGUUGCAAUUAACACUUCUCAUUGCAGUUCGUUCUCCCAGCCAAAUUUGUUUUAUAUGCAGCCAAUGUUGUAUGCAUGUAUGUAUAUUUGUUAUUGUUGUUGAAUUACAAUACAUCAAUUAUUUAAUUCGAAUUGGUAAAAUAUUUUGCAAAGCAAUUGCAAUUGAAAAUAUUGUUGUUGUAGUUGUUGGUUUUUCAGAAACCUUUCUCAUAGAAUUUUGAGGUAUGCUACUGUGUUGGCAGUCCUUUGAAAGUAAAACUCGCUUGUUUUCCCACAAAGAUAAUAGAGAACCUUAAUGCGUUUGUAUAUUUUAGAUUUGUCUAAAAAUGUUUUAUUAGCAAUAAGUUAUGAUAAUAUGUUUGCCAUAUUAAUGUAUGUAUAUUGAAACAUCCCGAUUUGUUGCUCUUAUAUACUUUUUACACAAUACUUUAUUUUAAAUAUUAAGUUUGCAAAUUUAGCCAACGACAAUGCGACCUACAUAUAUAAAAUUGAAUUUAGAACUAUCUGUAUAUGGGCUAGCUACUCCAAAUGUGGGUGCUAACAGCAUCCACGCCAUUGAUCUGUAAAUAUGAAUUCACACUGUGUAGAUUUUUUAUUAUAAAACUGUAAAAGAUAUGAUAAAUCAUGAUAAUAAAUAUAUUAAAUAAUAUCCACAA